CAAAAGUCGGAUUCGCCGAUCUAGAAGACGACGACGACGACCAAACACUCCGAUCAACGGUCCUCCGAUUCUCUCUCUCUCUCUCUGAAGAGUGACUGCUUUCGUCGUGACCUGAGAAAUGUCGCAGCAAAUCAGCGGUAAUAAUAUCCCGCUGAGUGAAGUUUACUGGUCUCUCGUUAACAAAGCCGAUAAGAAAUUCUCGAAGAUCAGUGACUUGCCCUUCUAUGAACGCACCAGGUAUGAAAACUAUUUCUUCAAGGUAUUCAAAGUAUACACACAGUUAUGGAAGUUUCAGCAAGAGAAUAGGCAGAAGCUUGUUGAAGCUGGACUUAAGAGAUGGGAGAUUGGAGAGAUCGCAUCUCGAAUUGCACAGCUUUACUAUGGACAUUAUAUGCGGACAAGUGAUGCCGGUUACUUAUCCGAGUCUUAUGUAUUCUACGAAGCAAUACUCACUAGGGAGUACUUCAAAGAAGGAUUGUUUCAGGAUCUUAAUAUUGCAAACAAACAGCUACGGUUUCUUGCAAGGUUUCUUAUGGUGUGUUUGGUCCUUGGCCGUCGUGAGAUGGUGCAUCAACUUGUUGAUCAGUUUAAACGGUUGAUAGAUGAAUGCAAGAGGACAUUCCAGGAAACCGAUUUUAAAGAAUGGAAGGUUGUGGCGCAGGACAUAGUUAGAUUUCUGAAAUCUGACACUGCAUUUAUGAACACUAGACCUCUAAGAUACAGUCUUGUUCUGGAUCCUAAUCUGGAUGCUGGUACACCGCGUGCUAGUAGAUCUUUAAGGUUGACGGAUGCAAUCUUGAGCAGCUAUUAUUACAACGAGGUCAAGUAUUCGGAGCUCACGCUCGAUUCUUUUAGGAUGCUUCAAUGCUUAGAGUGGGAACCGAGUGGUUCACUAUAUCAAUCAACUGGUGCUAAAAUGGGUCUGAAUGCUCCCGUUGGAGUUGCUCGUAUUAACUCCCAGAGCAUGAAUGAUCCUACUUUGCCACCUAACCCUCGCAAAGCUGUCCUUUAUCGUCCAUCCAUAACACAUUUUUUGGCUGUUUUGGCCACUAUUUGUGAGGAGCUUCCUUCUCAUGGGAUUCUUUUAUUAUAUCUGUCUGCUUCUGGCAAGAAUGGACAGAUUUCAACAUCUCCUUUGAGUGCUAGAAGUGCAACCAAUGUUGAGGAGAAUAUCUUAAGAGACUUUGAAUCUCACACAAUCAAACAAGAGGGAGACCCAUCACUUCAAAUUACCCCAUCUGGUCAGUCUUUGAAGCAAAUCAGUGAGGACGCAGCCAGUACCCCAUGUGGUCUGUCUUUUGGCAGUCAUGGGCUCACAGGAUCAAGCUACAUCUAUCCCUCUGAUUUAGUUCCAUUUACAAGGAAACCUCUUUUCAUAAUCAUUGACAGUGAUAGCAGCACAGUUUUUAAGAAUAUUUGUGGAGCGGAGAAAGGAGAACCAGCAGCAUUGCUUCUGUCUCCAUCACAUACUCCUCCGCUUAUCUCUGCUGAUUUCUCUCGUCAACCUAGUGGUAGCCUUUUCACCAUUUUUCUCACGUCACCAGUCCAAGCGUUUUGCUUGUUAAGUGGGAUUUCCGCCUCUGAUAUGGAAACGGAUAUCUUUACUAAGGCCGAGAAGCUUCUUUCUUCGUUUAUGAACGAAUGGGCUUCGACAUUGGCGACAUCAGAUACCCUUCACCCAGUUUGGUCACAGAUACUAAAAGAUCCCUUCUUGAGACGACUACUCCUAAGAUUCAUAUUCUGCCGGGCUGUCUUGGCACUGUACACUCCAGUCUUCAAUAACAAACAAAAUCAGCCAGAGUGCUUUCCUUCUCUCCCGGAAUCGUUAGUACCAACUGCUCCUGCUGUUCAAUCCGCUGUGCUUCUGAUGGCCAAUGUAUUUGGUGCUACAAGUAAAUUUACUCUACCUCAAGAUAUCACAAUGCUCGAAAGCUUCUAAGAAGCUACCUCUGCGACGAUAAGAGCUUCGGUCUGAAAAUAUUCUUUUGCAAAUUGGGAAUCUCGAUUUGGUUUCCCUUUAGGGUAAACUAUGAUUUUAGAUUUGGAGAAUGCUUCUUCCAUGUCAUUGGAGCAUUAUGACCGAACAUCUUUUGAGAUUUAUGGUUCGAGAACAUUUUGGUGUGCGAAAUUAACAAAGUGUUUGAUG